GAUUUUCGGGCUUUCCUUCAUCUGGUUUUCUUUAGGGUUUAUUUGUAAAAUAUUAGCUGGUUGGUGUUUUUUCUAAAAUUAUCUGGUUUGGCCUAAGAUGACAAUGGAAAUAAAAAUUAUGAUACCACAAGAGCCAAAAGCCAAAGUCAUGCUGUGGACAGACAUAAGCUACCAUGAUAUGGAAAGGCUGAAUAAAAUACAAUCUAUUCCUGAGCUACAAAUUACUUUGUGUGAAUUACUCGAGAUAGAUGUCCCAAACCCAAAGCGUGGAAUUCUGCUGGACCUUUAUGUCCAAACAGUAUUUUAUUGCAGAGAAAAUAAUUUUAAACCUACCCAAACAUCCACCCUUCUAUCCAUCCUUAAAUCUAUUCACAAGAUUAAUGCUGAAACUGUCAUUAACAACAUAGAACAUUGUCAUACAUAUUGCAAAGAGCUGUUGCUUUGUCAUUCAGUUCGGCAACCACCAUUUAGCAUUGACCUUUAUAACUCAGAGGAAGUGACUUCUAUCUAUAAAUACAUCUACAACAGUUAUAUGAGACACUACAGACUCUAUAAAUUUGUUUUUACUCCACAGUUAAAACUUGAUUUGUCUCUGACAUAUUCGGAUAGCACUGAUCAGAAUGUUGCUGCUACUUCAGCCUAG